AGGUGGUGACGAGGUAGGAGGUGGGGGGAGUUGCUGGCUGUGGGGGGAUGCGAACCUCCUGUUUGGUGACGCAAAUCCGCCCGGGUUCACCACCCACCCCCUAAGCCUUGGUUGGGUUCGCUCCUCCCCCCUAAAUCACCGCCACCACCAUCAUCAUCAUCACUUCUACUCGUCUCCCACCUCGUCCUAGCCCCGUGUCGUGUGAAAUGUCUGGGCCCUGAGCUACCCUCCUACUCCUCCUCCUCUUCAUCCUCCUCUUCUUCUUCCAUCAUCCUCGUGGUGGUUGUUGUUGGUGGUGUUGGUGUUAAAGAGACAUGGGUCUCGUUUCUGCCGUGCAACAACAACAGCUGAUGCUGCUGCUGCUUAUGCUGCUGUUGAAAGAUGGGGCACAAGCGGUUGAGUGGAAUCCGUGUGUGUUUGGAGGGUCCGAUUCAUGCCAGGAAUGUCUGCUAUUGCACCCGGAUUGUGGCUGGUGCCAACACGAAGAGUUCAGGGGCAGCCCAGCGGGAGGCCUGUCGCGCUGUGACCUGGUUCACCGCCUCCUGCAGGCCGGCUGCCCCGCCGAGCAGGUCGAGGCUCCCAGAAGCCAGUGGUCGAUCACCAAGGAUAGGCCGCUGAGCGAGAAGUUGGACACUGCGGCGGCUGGUGGUGGCGGCGGCGGCUUAGCGGCUGUGGUGCAGCAGUCGCCGCAAGCCGUGACUCUGAAUUUGCGGCCCGGGGACCCCGUGAGCUUUGAAGUUCGGGUUCGCCAGGUGGAAGACUACCCGGUGGACAUCUACUACAUGAUGGACCUGUCUCUGUCCAUGCACGACGACCUGGCCACCAUGCAGCUGCUCGGCUCGCGCUUGGCGGCGGAGAUGGCGGGACUCACCAGCAACCUGCGUCUGGGCUUUGGCUCGUUUGUUGACAAACCGGCCUCUCCCUACGCCUUCUCGGCGCCGGCGUACCUUCACAAUCCUUGCGCCGGGUACAAGCGCUUCCCGCAGUGCGUGCCGUCGUUCGGAUUCCGCCACCUGCUAUCGCUCACCGACGAGGUGGACCGCUUCAACGAGGAGGUGAAGCGUCUCAACGUCUCCCGCAACAAGGACGCUCCGGAGGGUGGCUUCGAUGCCAUCAUGCAGGCCGCGGUGUGCGGGGAUCGCAUUGGCUGGCGCAAGGAGGCGUCCCACCUGCUGGUGUUCGCCACCGACGCAGCCUCGCACCUGGCGCUGGACGGCCGGCUCGGUGGAGUCCUGCGGCCCAACGACGGGCACUGCCACCUCGACGACAAUGACAGUUACUCGGCCGCCGACAGCCUGGAUUACCCCUCCCUGGGGUUCCUCGGUGAGAAGUUGGCCGAAAACAACAUCAACUUAAUUUUUGCCGUGACCACCCCAUAUUUUGGUCUGUACAAGAGCUACACGGAGCUCCUGCCGGGCGCCACAGUUGGGAUCCUCGCAAACGACUCCAGCAAUGUCAUCGAGCUCAUCGUAUCCGCGUACAACAAGAUCCGCUCGAAGGUCGAGCUGGAGGUGUACGAUCAGCCGGACGACGUGGUGCUCUCCUUCACGGCCGUGUGCCAGAACGGCACGGCGAGGCCCGGCCAGCGGCAGUGUGGAGGCCUCCGUGUGAGGGACACGGUGAGCUUCACCGUGACGGCGGAGGCGCGUGGAUGCCCCCGCGGCGCCGGGGACGACGGCGUGGGCCCCGGCGCGCGUUCCUACGAGCGCAACUUCACGAUCAAGCCCGUGGGCUUCCGCGACAGCCUGCACGUGACGGCGCUGGUGCGGUGCGGGUGCGCUUGCGAGGCGCGCGCCGUGCCCCGCAGCCCGCACUGCUCGGGGGGGAACGGCUUGCUCUCCUGCGGGCUGUGCCGCUGCAACCCCGGCAGGAUCGGGGAGCUGUGCGAGUGCCAGGAGGAGGAGGAGCUGGGACAGCAGGCUCCGGCCGGGAGUGCGCCGGGCUCGGCGUGCCGCAUGGAGGAGCGCAGUUUGCCAUGCAGCGGCCGUGGGGAGUGCGUGUGUGGACAGUGCCUGUGCCACGCCAGCGAGUUUGGCCGUGUCUCUGGGGCCUUCUGCGAGUGCGACAACUUCUCGUGCCUCCGUCACAAGGGGCUGCUGUGUUCCGGCAACGGGCACUGCGACUGCGGCGAAUGCCGCUGCCGCCAAGACUGGGUCGGCGAGAGCUGCAACUGCACGAGGCGCACCGAGGCCUGCCUGGGCGCCGACGGGCGGCUCUGCAGCGGCCGGGGGGCUUGCUCGUGCGGCCGCUGCGUGUGCACCCAGCCCGGCGCGUUCGGGGACGUCUGCCAGAAGUGUCCCACGUGCCCUGACGCCUGCAGCAUCAAAAAGGAGUGCGUCGAGUGCCGGCUGUUCCAGCGGGGCCCCCUCUGGGAGGACGGCUCGUGUGAGCAGAUGUGCGUCGACGAGAUACAGCAAGUGGAGACGAUGGAUGAGAGUCACAAGGACGCCGUGACCUGCAGCUACAAGACCCAGGACGAGUGCAUCAUGUCGUUCACUUACACAGAGGGCUCUGACGAGAAGUCCGUCCUGGCCGCGCUCAAGGAGCCAGAGUGCACCCACGGCGUGAGCGAGGCCAACGCGGUGCUGUGCGUCGUGGCCGGCGUUCUGCUCGCCGGCGUCGCCGCUCUGCUCGCUUGGAAGCUCAUGGUGACGGUGCAGGAUCGGCGCGCGUUCUCGCGCUUCCAGAACGAUCGCAUGCACGCCAAGUGGGGCGCGGGCUCCAACCCGCUCUUCCCGAACUCCAACCACUCCGAGGUGUCCUUCCACGGGCUGCCGCUACCGUCUGGGAAUUGAGGUUUUUUUUUUUUUUUUUUAGAGAGAGGUCGGUGGGCGACGCGCGGCGGUUCGGAACGCAGACCAACGCCUGUGACGCGCCCCUUGUAAGCUCGCGGACAUCGGGGGCGGGGGGGGGGGGUUGGGGGGGGAGGGCUGUCUGCCAGGACACGUUCGCUUGCGGCCGGGUCCAACGAGUUCCUCCUUGUCCGCAACCAGCCGUCGCCUCGAGACUGGCCGGACCGACAUCGACGCUUGCUGAGCGGCGAACGACUCGCGCCCAUCGCUCGACUUUUCUCCGAUCCCUGCCGAGGCCCCCCCCACUACCCCCCCCCAGCUGCCCGUCGACCUGCGUCUUAAAUGGCACCUGCCUCAUUAUCCGCCCCCCCCCCCCACUCCCCACCACGCUUGUAUGUCCCCACCGCGCCCCCCCCCCCACCACUCCGGCCCUGCUUGGCCCCGAGCCAGAUUCACAAGCCUCCUUUGCGAGGCCAAAGCAUCGCGGUGGCUCGACACGGCAAACGGCCGCUGGGAAGUCCAAGCCGUGCCGUUAAAUGUGCCGCCCCACGCUGGCUUAUCUCGGAUGUGCCAGUGGAAGGUCGGCAUGUGUGUAUAUAUACGUAACGUGUCAUCCCGAAAUCGGCGUAUGAAGUUGCGAUUUUAUUCGGUGCAAGUCUACUUGUCGCAGGCUCACCUUGAAAGAAGUGGAUUCGGAAGUGACGGAGCGUUGUCAUUUACAGGCGGUGACCGUCGUCACGGUGAUUGUCGUCACGGUGAUUGUCGUCAUGGUGAUUGUCGUUACGGUGAUCGUGACGAGUGCCGAAAUGAUGGUGGUGAUUAUUGAACUGAAACCAAACAAUUUUUAUUUUAUCAGGUAAGGCCCACUGGGCAGCUAAAAAGCUAUUUUGCAGAUGCGACCUGGCCAUCACAAAUGAUAGCUCAACGAAUUGGCUUAUCAUUUUGCGGACAUUUAUAGCAGCCAAAUACUCUAAAACGCGCAAUGUUUAUGGUAAAUGCGGAGGGGAACACACCGUAGGGCCUGGAGGAAAAAAGAUUCAUGCGACCACAUUGUUACAAGUGAAGAUGCGCAGAGUGGCAACGAUACUGUUCCGAUCGGAGAGGAAACGUAUUUGCGGAAUGCAGCCCGGUCAAUAAUCAACACAGUGACGGCGGAUCACUGCAGUGAAAAUUGUCUACAGUUUCUUGAGAUAGAGUUUCGGAGUAUCCUUUCAUGUGUAACCAUGUAAUCUUCCUUUUUAAGUUAUUGAUGAAUUGUAAUAUAAACGCGUGGCCAUGUGUAGCAAUAACACAUCUGUGUUCAAUUCUUUUAAGUGGGGAAGUGAAGUGCCCCACUUGGCAUUCCCUGCGUGCGUCCGCGCGUGCGUUUACCUGUAGAAACGUUCGCCAAUUCUUGAUACGUUCACACGCUCCGUUGCCGUAGUGGAACACAAACUGUUUAAAUCCGUAAAAGCCUUCCCACGGCAAUACGGAUUAAAUGUUACACGACUGGCGGUUGCAAAUUGGUAAGAAUUGGAUUCGGUUAAUUCUAAACUAAUUCCAAUUCACAAUGGAAUUUUUUGGUACCCCUUUAAAAUGUUGCGGUUGCCGGCCCAGCAGCAUGUGUGGCCAGCUAACGAAGUGGGCCCCUUUUCCGUAAUGGCGAAAAGAAAGUGUGUAGACUACGGUAAUGGUAAUAUUUUUAGCGUGCGGUUGAUACAUGUAAAUACCAGCGUCAAGAGCCAGCAGGUUUUUAUUGACUUGCUUUCUGUCCGCGUACGUUGCGAAAUAACUUCAACAUACAUACAUGCGUACGUUCGUGGAGAAUUCAGGUAUUCCAUUCCAUGGUCCCGUAUGAUUUAAUUCUCAGCUGGCCACACGCAGGCAAACUUACUAUGCUUGAGAUUCAGUAUUAUCGCUUGCUGCUCAAGAGAGACCCCUUAACACAACACCAGGGUCUCGAAGCUCACUUGAUUGGAUUGACUUUGUGUGCGUAUUGAAUAAUCAAAUGUCUCUGCUUUUAAGACUUGAUAUAUUUGAUUUUACUCCGUUUUUAUGGUGACCCUGGGACGCACACACGGAGCAAUGAAGCCAGAAAAAAACAUUGGAUAUAUUCCGAGAACAUUUCGUCUUUUUUUUUAACACGUCGAAAUAAUUCGCAAAACGUUGUCAUUAACACAGCCUUAAAUUAUAAAUGUAGGAAAAAGCCGGGUGACGCCGUGCCAGAAACGUGAUGAAGUGAGCCUUCUGGGUGCCACAAGUUCUGGCCUGCAACCCCUUGAGGACUGCAGUGAAGUGUUUAUAGCCCACUGGCAAAAAACUCGUCUGGAUAAGCGAUUCGGAGGGGGGCAUUUUCUGCUUCUGUAGCGUCCUGAAGUGAGUUUACGCUUCAUCAUGAGUUAAAGUUAAACUUGUUUGUCCAGGUGAGAACUCGAGAGACCAGGAGAGUCUCCGUUGCAAGUAUGACCUGGGACGUGAAUCUGCCAGGCGGGGAGGGGGGGGGGGAUGAUUGCUGUGCAGAAUCCCAUUUUGGGUGAUCCGCGGUGUAACCUUCGAAUUUUGGCAACGUUAGGACCACGACGCCGGCACACGAUGGCCCGCUCUUGCGAAUGACGCCAAGGGGAUCUUUAGGGUCCACUGUGAGUGAAGCAGAUGGCGCGCAGCAGCAGCAGCAGUAUAAUUAUCACUUGGGUUAUUACCGCAGUAUUAAACGUGGCGGCCACUGGAUUCGAACCGUGAUCAUCUGCAACAGUCGGCGAUAGCGCUACCGCCGCCGGCUCGGCCUUGUCGCCGCGAUGGGCCAAUGCUUUUGUAGUGACACCGACACACGUGGUGACUUAUCAAGAGCCUUUUAUUCAGACACGGCAACAACGACGCCCAGGCUUGGUUCUUGAGGCCCGAGCUCCGUCUUCUUCUCCAACGUCUCCUCUCCCCUUGUGCUCUGCCCCCUUUCAUACCUCCCAAGCGCCCUCUCUGGAAGCUUCUAUGAUCCCACUCCCUUUGGCCAAUCCUGACCCUUCCCCACCCAACGGUUCUAGACCAUCCUUCUACAGUCCACCGCUUGAUUUCUCGCCUCUCUGCCUUUCAAAUCUUUCCUCCAAUCCCUUUCGAUCUUCGCCUCCCGACCAAUCGCUGCGGAGGUCUCCCUGCACCAACGGGGGAGGCCUCGGCCCCACCUCUUAGUUGUCUGUGUGACCUUUGAGCGGUCGUGGCCGUCUCUUGUUGUUGUCAGGCGAGAGAGAGAUUCACCCCCCCUCCCCCCGUUGGGGUAUGAAGAAGAACCAGGCUGCCCUGUUACGUUGGCCGCCUACAUUUUCCCCGUUGGGCCCCCCCCCUCCAGCAUUGCGGGGGGGGGGGGGGGCGUGGGGCGGUGUUGACGCAGUGGUUGGCGCACUUCGCCGCCACACGGGAGUACGUGGCCCCGAGUUGGAUCCCUCUACCCCUGGCCACGUGUUACCGUCGUUGGCAAGUGACAUCUCUGAGCCGGGAGCUGGGCCCAAACCACCCCAGAAACUCGCCAGCCUGCGCUGGCCAGCGUAGGGCAGGGUGAUGUGGUCAGCCGACUAACAAAGGCUUGACGCACGGCACGGUGAGGCCGUCUUCCAGCGGUGGAUUGACAAAAAAAAGAAUGCAAAUAGAAUUGCCGUUAUGAAGUCGUUGCGAGUGACAAAAAAGGUGGGCACAUUCAUUCUGUUCUUGGCUCGCCAUCGAACAAAGACGGUCACUACAUCGCCGCGACCGUCUGGAACGCUCUUCCGAUAUUAGGAAGCCACUGUGAGCUACAUGCACCUUUAAAUCUCGAUUGAAGACUCAUUUCGUUCUAACUACUUUUUGUGUUUAGUUCGUUGUCCUCCCCCCCCCUCCCCCGCACCUCCGAUUAGCACGGGAGGCUACGUACGGCACGAAAGAAGUUCAGCAUCAUUCAGUGUGGGCUUUUGCACACCCGGUUGCCAAAAUGCGAUCCCUCAAUUUCACGUCCCGUUAAGGGGGAGGACUCGAUUCUGACGCCGUGCAGCGCGCCGGCGACCUCAAGUGCGGGCGCCCUCACCACCCCCCACCCCCCCGUGAGUGAAGAGUUGACGGCUUCGUUUUGACAGCAGCCGCCCCUGGCCCAGUUCGCCGCAACGGCGAAGCGUUGACCGCUAUGCCAGCCCACCCCCCCACCCCCCAAAACGCGUGCGCCCAGACGGAAGGUCAAACGGCUUUGCGUAAUGACCGAGGAGGGCCAGUGCCGGAUGAAGCUAAGUGUGGUGCCUGCAGCUUAUGAUGUUGUAAAUUUAAAAAAGCAAUAAAUAUUAAAACACAAA